AACCUAUUCUGGGUAUCAUGUGACCUGAACAUCAUUGGCACCACUGCAGUCAGUAGUAAUUACCCACAGCAGCUGUACCACACCACAAAGGAGAUCAGCAGCAUUUACCUCGACUGGCUGAGAGGUGGAUUGUUCUGGUUGGAGGAGGGUAGGAUCUUUGGCAUGGGGAUGAUGGGAGGAAAGGCUGAGGAGCUGCUGCAUAUGGCAGCAGGAGGAGUGGGAGGGAACGUCGCCUUUGACAUCGGAGCCGGCAGUCUCCUCUGGAACUCUAAAAGAGGAGGUCUGACAACAUUGAGUUUGCUGAAGGAGAAAAGCCACCAAGCAGGAAGAAGGUGGAACAUCUCUGGCUCAGUAGUGGCUGCUUUUGAGCCUUUUCUUUUGUCAAUCUCCAACAAAGUGAUAACUUUAUGGGAUCGGCGGGACGGGAGCAAAAUUCAGUCAGUUUCUGUGCAAGGUCCAGUGUUGCGCAUCGUCACUGUACUCGGGGAUGUUCAAACAGUGCCUGAUACCCAAGUCUGCAAUAUGCCAUCUUGGCCGUGCCAUCAGUCGUCCAUCUGCCUUCCACAAAAUCUGCUCUGCAAUGGCAAAAGGGACUGCCCUGAUGGAGACGAUGAGGAGCUCUGUGUCAGCGCUUGUCCUCCAGAAGAUUUUAUGUGCAUGGAUAGAAGAAACUGUAUUCCUAGAAUCCUUCUGUGUGAUGGCCGUGCACAUUGCCACGAUGGCUCCGAUGAAGUUGACUGUCCAACAGUUGCAGCGCCUUUAUCACGGACAAAUGUCUUGAAGUGUCGCAGCGGCUCAGUGAUGUGUCAAGAUGGCACAGAGUGUGUUCUGUAUAGUCAUGUCUGUGAUGGAGAGGCAGACUGUAAGGAUGGAUCUGAUGAACUGGGAUGCAGUGCAACUCAAGAACCCAUAAGUUCUACGAAGCCAAACAAAAAGCUUCCUGUUACCAAACCUCCUCCCCUCACUCUGCCACCCUGCCUCAGCCCCUCUGUCCUUUGCCCUUUCUUUAAGGCAUACAUUUGCAUUUCCGAGAGUCAGUUUUGUGAUGGCAUUAAAGACUGUCCAGAUGGCUUUGAUGAACAGAACUGUGUGGAGAGAUGCCUUUUAAGAAUGCAGUCUGCGACGGCCGCCGUCACUGCCCUGAUGGCUCAGAUGAAGUGGACUGUCCAAACGUAG